AUUCAAGAAAACCGCAUAAGAUAAUAAGAGCGGCGAGCGCGCGCAACUGGCUACAGAUUGCUUCCGAAUUCGGAUCGACUCCAUUCGAAGUUAUCUUCGCUAAUAUAGUCUUUUCUUUUCGCUAUCAAAGUCGCUUGUUUCGUUUGCAACCGCGAGUUUUAUCGUUAGUUAUAUUCUAGCCCGAACUAUCUCUGUAAAAUACACCUAUAAAUAUUCUGUUAACAGUGUAUUGUCUAUUUUUCGAGUGGGAUUCAAUCAUCAGAUUGGAAGAAAAUUCGUAUAUCACGAUAAAAGAGUUUUGGACGGCGAUUAAAAUCAGAUAAUUAUGAAAAUAUACGAUGGCAUGCUCCUUCUGGCAGAAAUACUAUUUCUUAUUUUGAAAGUUUUUUAUUUCAUUUGCGAGAGCAUAUUCACGAUAUUUAUUCCAACAACAAGAAAGAACGUAGCUAAUGAAAUUGUUUUGAUAACAGGUGCGGGCCACGGUAUCGGGAAGGAAUUAGCGAUUGGUUAUGCAUCGUUAGGAGCGACAGUGGUAUGUUGGGAUAUCAAUGAAGAAACCAACAAGCGAACGAUGAACGAGAUUAAAAUGAUGGGAAAAAUCAAUAUAUACGCAUACCAAUGCAACGUAGCAGACAGAAAAGAAGUCUUUAAGGUAGCUGAAAAAGUGAGAAAAGAAAUCGGCGAAGUUACUAUUUUAGUCAACAAUGCCGGUAUAGUGUUUGUUAAAAGACUCCUAAAUCAAACCGCCGAUGAAAUUACACGAGUUAUAGAUGUCAAUUUAAUAUCGCAUUAUUGGACGUUGCAAGCGUUUCUACCAAGUAUGAUUGAAAAGAAUCGCGGUCAUGUUGUGGCGAUCUCAUCACUAGUAGCAUAUCAGGGCGCUACACAUGGUACGGUUUAUUGCCCCACAAAAUCCGCGGUCAAAGUACUUAUGGAAGCUGUCAGCGAUGAAUUGCGUACAUAUAGCGAAGGAAAAUCCUUGAUUAAAUUCACUACUGUUUAUCCGGCUCUAGUACUUACUGGAUUUGCCAAAAAGACAAGAAUAAGAUUUCCAAGUAUAAUGAUAGAGCUUACACCGCAGAAAGCAGCUUCACUGAUAAUCGAUGCGCAAAGACAAAAUUUCAAAGAAAAAAGUAUACCUUCAAGUUGUCAGCUGAUAUUAUAUUUAAUAAGAAUUUUUCCCAACAAGGUAUUUUGGUGCGUAUAUGAUUUCAUAGGUUUCAGCGCUGAUGAAGAAGAUUAAAAAGUAUGGAAACAUAUAGGUCUAUGGGUCAGAUAUCUUCAUAAAUAUUCAUUUUAUA